CGCAAAAUCGUCUCCAGCGCAAAGGCGCCGCUUGUGGCGGUCUCCUUGGCUCGACUGGAGCGUUCCAUCAACAUCUAAACAAUGAUAACGCUGCUUGAGUUGCUGAAAAGUUGCUGAAAAUGACUUGACGUGGCCGUACUUCGGAUUGUCGCGUCAAACUAUGUAAUACUCGAAGGACAUUUUCCGACUCUAAUCCGCUUUGGACGUCUUUGUUUGUCCGGGAUGAGAAGCGCCAGUGCUGAGCCUCUCACGCCGAUUUAAGUAGCAGACAGACAGUGGCGCUGAAUCCUUCAGCAUGAAGAAAUUAUUCAGCUUCUCCAAGAAGAAACAGUCGCCGUGCCGUACGCCUGACCGAGGCAACGCGCUCACUGCUGGCUACGACGUGAAAGAAAAGGACCUGGGCAAGUUUCACAAGGCUGCCUGGCGGGGAGAUGUGGCCAAGCUGGAGCACCUCGUCAAAAGCAACGAUGUCAACCAGGCUGACAAGCACAACAGAACAGCCCUUCACCUCGCUUGUGCCAGUGGAAAUGCUGAGGUUGUGAGAUUUCUCGUGGAGAAAAAAGCUAAACUCAGUUUAUGUGACAAUCAAAAUAGGUUCGCCUUAAUGAAGGCAGUACAAGGUCACCAUGAUCUGUGUGCUAAGAUUCUACUGGAAAACCAUGCUGAUCCCAACCAGGUCGACACAGAGGGAAACACAGCUUUACAUUUGGCCUCAAGCAUCCCGGCAAUCUCCACUGUUGUCACCCUGGUGGAUCAUGACGCUGACAUCAACACACAGAAUAAGGAAGGCAUUUCACCACUGUCUGUGGCAGUUCAAGAGGACCACAUAGAAGUGGUCGAGUAUCUCUUGAAGAAAGGUGCUGAUGUCAAUGUUUUGGACCGAGAUCAAAGGUCGCCAUUAAUGAUAGCUGGCGGGAAUGGGCACAUCGGCAUGGUACGAAUGCUCCUGCAGUUUCACGCAGAUAUUACUCUGAAGGAUAACAAAGGAAAAUCAGCUGAGGACUAUGCAGCCAUCGAAGGGCAUCAUCCCUGUGCCAUCCUCAUUACUGAGCACCAUGCCCAAAGGAACCAGGCGGCCUCUCUGUCUCAUCCAGGUCCAAGUAAAAAUAAAUCAAAAUCCGAGAUGGGCAACACAUCCCGAGCCCUUGAAACUGGCAUCUCUGUGGGAAGACCAGCCACCGACAAAGAUGAUUUUGAGGAUAAUUCUCAAGCGGAGUCACUAAGCCAGAUGUCAAAAAAAGGUGGCACUGAUGAAUGGGCUUCAUCUGAGGAUGACUGUGAGUCACUUACCGCUGAAAAGAUGUUUUCCCCCCCUGCUUUCUUUCAGACCCCACAAAAAAUGAAUCUUAGGAAAAUGCUUGAAUCUAAAAGAGGAAAAGCAGAGAGUCAGUCGGAACCUGCGAAGAGCAAACGUGGUCUGAUAGAUCAGCUGUCAGGAAGUCAGUCAAGUUUAGAAUCUCAAGCCCAGAGCUCGGAAGGUGAGGGCUCUGAGGAAGAAUAUGAAGAAGAAGAAGAAGAAGAGGAGGAGGAGGAUGAAGAUAAUGAGGAAAGCGAAGAGAUAGACGAUGAUGAUGAUGAUGAAGAGGAGGAGGAUGAGAGUGUCGCUGACUCUUGUUUUGCCCCUGUUCAGUCAAACACUUCUUCUUCGGAAGACGCACAAAAAUCUUCCCCUCUGGAAGUCGAUGUUGAUACUGGAAAAACUCAAAACAAACAGAGUUCUGAUCGCAUUCCCAGUAACGAUGAUGUGGUUGAACCUCCGGAGAGUUAUUCAGAAGCAUCUGGAAAAUCAUGUUCUCAGAUGCUGCGGUCGUUGGAUGUGGACCAGGAUUUGGUCGUGUCAGCCAUUAGAGUGGAAUCCAAAUAUUCCGAUGAGGAUGACGAAUUAAUGUUGGCACCGGGUCAAAAGAUCAUUUCAAACCUCAUCAAGAGGCUUGGUGCACAAAAGGCAAAUGAGGUUGAGAUAGAAGAAUUGGAAAAGAUGCAUGAUGAUGAUGACAAACGAAAGACCCUUCAGGACGAUCCCCAAACACGUCAAAAAAAUAUGCUGGAAGAAGGAAAAAAUAGAGACAGUGAACCCGACACUGAAUGUGGUGGUUCAAAAAAAGAAAAACCCAGAUCAUCAUGGGGCUCCUCCAUGGAGAGCACAGACAAUGACGGCUAUAAGGAAAAGGACAUCAUUAACAAAACCCCCAGUCCAAAAGGUGACAAACCUGCAUCACCAAUAGACAGCAGCUCACUGCCAAAAACAACCAAUGAUGAACAAAUAGCCCUUGACAAAAUGUCUCCAACUUGCUCUCCUCCGUCCAAAAACAGACUGUCUACAGCAGAAUCCGACUGGGAUUCUCCAUCUGAAAAAGACGAGGGACCAGUUGCCGGAAGAAAUGCAAAUGUGGCGUCAGAGGAAGAGUUGGGUGGACGCUCUCUGGCAUCCAAUGAUAACGUCAGGCCUAAAACCCUCAAUGAAAACACUACCAGAAACCGAAUCCAACCAUCCAAACACUCAGGGGGCCAACCAGCUGAUGAUGAAAACGAGCUGUCAGAAAAAGGGAAGGAUUGUGUGCCUCUUGAUAAUCCUUCCAGCCCAGCUAGUUGGCUGCAUUCCAUAGCUCGAAAUUCAUCAGACAAAAUGGUAGAUGAAGAAGAGACUCGCUCAAAACUUGCAAAGGCGUGCGUCAAGUUCAUCACCGAUGGUGGUCGUACAUCUCCGCAAGGCGGGGCUACCAAUCCUCACACAGAAGAGUCCUUAAACAAACUCAACAAAGAAAAGAUGACCGAUCUUACGUCCAACAAAAUUGACGUCGCUGGUGGUCUCUCAGACACAAGUGUUUUUUCAGAACCGUUGCCUCACACUGACAUUGACGAUGUUGAUUUGGACUCAUCCGAUGAGGUAGGGAGCGGAAUGCAUCCUGAGGAUAGACACACUAAAGUUGUCACCGUGCAGAAAGAGGAAGACGAGAAUGAUGCUAGUGAAGAGGACCCAGACAGUGAUGAUGUUGAUGACAACGAUGAGGACCGAGGGGAGGAGGAGGAAGAGGAAGAAGAAGAAGAGGAGGAGGACGUGGACAUCUCAGAUGAUCAACUUGAAGGAAGCAGAGGCCUCCUGGAUGGUGCAGCAGAUCAUGUUGCGGAAAAAAGAGAUCUUUCUAAAGAUAUGAAAAUUGAUGUUUAUUCCGAGGUGGGUCUCGAGAAGGAAGAGCAAGAGCCCGGGUCUUGGGUUUCUGAGCAUGAAGACUGCAGUUUGCCACGUGAAGAUAAACAAAGCGCAGAAGCACAGAAUAUGUCUGGAGAGAAGAUGGAAGAAGACUUGUUAUAUAGUCCCUCAUUUUUACGAGGGGCACGAGGUGGGUGGAGGCCCGAACCUUGGUGGAGUAGAGGCAGACUAAGAGGCAGCCUGGGAGUUGGCCUUGGUGCCGUUGGUCCUGUUGCUGAAAAUAAAGACAGUGCGGAUACCAGAGGUGUUCAGAAAGGGGACCCUACACAAAGGGAGAGUGAGAAAAACAAAUGGGGACUGCUUUUGAGCAAAUGUGAAGGAAAAGGCAAGGAAAAAACAGAUUUGAUGGAAGAACUUGGUUUGGGAGAUUUUGACUAUGCUGAAGAUGCAUCAGACUGGGAUACAUCUAGCAAUGCUAGUAAGAAAAGCCUGCCGGGAUGCACAGAGACCUCUCCUGCACCUGAGGAAUUCCAACAAUCCUCCAGAAAGGAGAAGCAGGUCGAUGUGUCUCCAAAAACGCCCGUUGCUCCUCCGAGGAAAAUCUGCACGGACGAGCAACAGGUCGCAGCUCCUCAUCCCCAGCCUCGUUCCAAGAAGACGGUGCCUCAAGAAUGUGACAUAUCUGAUUGGGACCAAGAAAAUUUAACUGACAAUAAGCAGCUUCAGGAAGCGGUCAGAGAAGGGUCCCCUGAAGUUUCAACAAUGGCAGAGGGCAUAAAAAGUAAUUUGCAACCAGACAAACAGCAAGAAGAGGAAAAAGAUGAUGCCUUUGAGUCAUGUGACUUGAUGCCAAGUCACCCACGCACGUACGGCCUAAUGGUUGUUGAUGGGGCAGGCAGCGAUGUGAUUAAAGAUCAACAAAGUCGAGAGGAAAGGAUUAUUGAUGUUCUGCCGGAGACCCAUUAUGAGAAGCUGUGGGAAGAAGUGGAGAAAAAGGAAGCAAAGCCCUUCAGGUUUGAAGAGGAGUUCAAAUCAGAAGGUGUCACAGAGUCGUCCUCUGCUGAAGUACAGUCAAGCGAUGAAGUCAGUCAACACCCCGCAGCUCGAUCAGGGAGGCUGGUCCUCCUUUCUGUUCCAGAACAGAGGGAGACUGCAUCAGAAGAUUCUACGUCGGAGUCCGCUGACUACUCACUGAACGAGGAAAAUAUUUCAGACCACUUCCCUGCUAGUGGGAGCACAGUGUUAGAAAAUGCAGAGGAACCCCUCCAUAGUGAGGCACUACGCGGCCACACUACAAAGGAGGAGAGCAUCGUAGACACUGCUGGCCAGAAUAAACCUAGGCUUUGUCACAGCCGGCAACUAAAAGAACCCAAGAAGAACCGCACCAGCUCUGAAAAGAACCCUCAAGAACUUGCCAAUUCUAAGCCUAGCUGGGCAAGCAGAGAUUCUGGCUGUUUCCCUGUUGUUGCCCAUGAAGACUUUAAAGAGGAUGUUGAAAAGUUGAAACUGGAAGUCCAGGAAGAGGUUGUCAAAGAGACUCCCAAGGCUGCUGUUUCAGUGAAAAAUUCCAUUGCUUCCAGUACAGGUGGAAGUGCAUCAGAGGGGUUUGCUAUUAGGAAACCUGAGAUCGGCUCAGCGAGCCCCAAAGAGACGUCAAGUCAAGCUGAAGCCUCCCAACAAAGACAGAAGCUGCUAAUCUCUGACACCAGUACAUUGGUGGAAUCCCAACCCUCACAUCAGCGGACAUCCGGUAUUAGCAAGCCUGUAGAACAGGCCGUAGAGGACACCUCACAGCUGGCAGGAGGAAGCAAGACCCGAAGAUCCAGAACCCCUCAGACCGACGACAGGGAGCUCUCCUUGUUUGACGACAGCACUCUCAGUGACGUGUCGGAUGAUGAAGGACGGUUUAAAACUGCAGAACAGAGGAAAAAACAGCAAUCAGAAGAAAUUGAGAUGUCUGAAGAUAUUGACGAGCUCAAUUCGUCAUCUGACGUGACCACAGAUGAUUCAGACUUUCACGCUUCAGACCAUCGUUGUAGCUCCCUCUUCAUUCAGAAUCUGGACUCACUUGCGACAGAUUCCAGGAGCAUGGUGAAGCUGCAGAACAUUUUUCACAAAUAUGAGCGCUCCAUUCAGAAGGCCAAAAGCCGUCACGGUUACUUCGCAGACAAAGUGAGCCUUCUGGAAACGGAGAAGGCGCAGCUAAGGAACUCUCUGGAUGAAGUGAAAGAUGUUAAAUCGGCUUUGGAGCGCAACCAGCUGGACUUGCAAACAGAAGUAACCAAUCUCAAAUUUCAGCUAAAACAGGAGCAAGAAAACGGCCGUAAUGCCACCAUGAUGUAUAACACCACAGGAGAAAAGCUGAGGAGGACAGAGGAGCAGCGGCAGGUGGAGGUUCAGGAGAGACAGAAAGUGGAGCUGGCUCUUAGGAACUUGGAGCUGGAGAUGCGAAUACUAGUCAACAACAAGAAGCAGCUUGAGGAGGACAACAGUCAGAACCAAACGCUGUUGGCCCAGGAGCGCAGCGCACGCACAGUGCUGGAAAAUCUGCUCAACAGUCAUAUGCGCAAGCAGCAAGAGAUAGAAGAGGAGAACAAAAGAAACAUAAGCAAAAGUCAUGAGGCAUUUUCUCAGCUCACGGAGGCCAGCGACAGGGAGCGGGAGCUGCUCCAGCAGAUUUCUAUAUUUCACGAGCAGCUGAGCACCCUCAGAACAGACCUUGAGAAUUCCCAGGCCAACAGCAGCAUCAAGCAGAGAGACCUCCAGGAGGAGAAUAAGGCCCUCAAGGAAAAACUAGAAGUGGCCCGGCAAGCUCUCAAAGUCAACGGCGACACACUCAACCAAACCGUCUUGGACUUCAACAACCAGACGGCCACCAUGAAGUCGGAGUUGACGAUCACCGCGACCCACCUGGAGAAUGAGCGUCAGGCCCGCGAGACCGUGGUGGCGGAGUUAGAGUCUGUUCGUACUCGCCUGACCGUGGCACUGCAGGAGGCCGAGCGCUGCAUGGCAGCUCGGUCGGAUGCAGAGAAAGCUCUGCUCCAGGAGAAGGAGGAACACCAUCGUCUUAAAGACAGACUCUCAAGUGAUGCAUCCAGUCAGUACGAAGCAGUCAGCAGCCUCUCCCAGAAGCUGUCCAAGGCAGAGGCGCAUGCAAACAGUAUGGAGAACGAGGCCCAUCGGAUCAUGCUGCAGUUGUCUGAGAAGAACCUCCUGAUGAACACUGUACAGCACGAGAGCGACCAGACAGCCGCACGCGUUAAAGAGCUGGAGGCCGCUUUGAAGGGCGAGAAGGAGCUGGUCGCUCGGGCCGGAGCACGUCAAGAGGCCACGCAGGAGCGCUUAGCCCAAGCGCAGAGUGAAGGCAUGUUGCUACGGCAACAGCUGGAGGAGGCCCAAAACAAGGGUGUUGCAAAGGAGAACGCCGUGACAGACGCCCAGAAGUCUUUCAGUGACAUCUUGUCCAAGCUUCGCUCCGACUGUGAGGACAGAGUACAACUCGUGCAGGACCGGAAUCAGGAUCUGGCCAGAAAAGCUUCGGAAUUGCGAGAACAUAUCCACCAAUUACAGGAGGAGAAAAAUGAAAGAGAGGCAAGUCAGAGGCAACUGCAGCAGGAGUUAGCAGACUCAUUAAAGAAGCUGUCGAUGUGCGAAGCUUCUCUGGAAAUCAACACACGCUAUCGUAAUGAUUUGGAGGAAGAAAAGACUCGGCUCCUUAAAGACAUGGACAACCUUAAGGCAAAGAUGGAAGAAAGAGAAUCCCUAUGCCUUCAAGCUGAGAAACAAGUGAACGAUCUAAGGUGUCGUCUGGAUGAACGAGAGAAAGAACUCAGCACUGCCGCUCAGAAACUGCAAGGGGCGCUGUCUGCUGCGGCUGCCUCCGAUGCUGCCGUCAAACAGCUGGAAGAGGCUGUGCAAAGGCUGGAGAUAGAGAAUGUCAAGAUGGAGGCCGCUGCAAAGCAACAGUCUAACAAACUUGAAGCACUUCAGAAAGGUUCUCAGGAGGAGGCAAGACUGUCUGACAGUGCAAAUGGAGGAAUGGUCAGAGCUCAUUUGGAAGAUUUGGUGACCAACCUACAAAGUAGUAAGAUGACAUUAGAGGACCAACUCAGUAAAGAGGUGCAAAAGCAAGGUGUAUUGUCCAACAGUGCCCACGACUCUCAGGUCAUGUGGGAGGAGGAGCUAAAGAGCCGCUCUAAGCUAGGACUGCGUCUUGCGGAGCUCGAAAAGGCAAAAGUAGAACUUGGCAGCCAGGUGGAAAUAGAGAAGAAGAAAGCCAAGAAAGUAGCAGAGCAAAAGAAGGCUGUCGAUUCUCGUCUGGAACAAGAGAUGGAGAGAAACACAGAGCUUCAAAAGGAAAUGUACAGGCUACGGACUCUGCUUAAAACUGCAAAGAGGAGGCUGCGGGAUCAGGACAGAGGUGGUGGCAGAGAAGGUGACUUUGCCUCUCCAAUGAGUAGUCUAAAGAUGGACCUGGGAAGACACAGCCAGGCCGAUGGAAGAAGGGAAAAAGCGCGAGACCUGCAGGGGGAGCUAGAGAGGGGUGUGUUCCAAGGCAGCCUGUUGGAGAGGAGGCUGUUGGAAGAGGAGGUGCACAACCUCAAACACAGAGUGGAGGCCUCCGAGGUGGAGCAGAGGCAGAUGGAGCAGUACCGUCGGGAGGUGGAGGAGAAGGCACGACAGGAAAUACAUCUGAAACUACAGGAAGUCAACUUCUUCCUGCAGUCCCAGGCGGCGACACAGGAGGCACAGGACCAGAUUAAAGCGGCCAAUGAGGUCAGCAUGCGCUUGAAGAUCCAAGAACUGGAGAGCGAAUUGAACCGAGCCCGAACCAUCCAACACGACACCGUCAGCCUGAGAGAGUCCACGCGCACAGAGCUGGAACAGUUCAAAGAACUGUACAGAGAGGAACAGAAGCUCCGCAAGUCCCUGUCUGCCGAUCUAAAAAGGACGAACUAUCAGCUCACAGAGGCCAGUUCCAGGUUGGUCAACGAGCAUGACACAUCUCUCAUCACCUCCCCGGGACCUGGACCACCACCGUCUGGAGUUGUGUGCUCCCUGGGGGCCCCAUACAGGGGCCUUGCCUCAAGGCUCCUCAGCCCUCUGGCUGAAGGACAAAGCAGCAGUGUGGAGGACUACCUUGCCAUGAUGCAGCGUCAGUUGGACAGAAGCAUAUCAAGGGAACUAAACAAAGCCUCUGCGGAACUCGACGUCUCUUUGGCCCGCAUGUCUCCAGUGGGCUCUGCGUCGAGGGUGGAGAUGGACCCUGUUAGCAGAGCAAAGCAGCAGUACUUGGAGGUCGUGAAGAAGAACCACGAGGUCUAAGAAACACUAGAGAUGUCCCAGCAGUACCAAGUUGAGGUAGAAAUUACUGAGAACUUCAGCGUGUGUACUGAAUAUCCACAUCUGACUGGGAUUUCACCACUGACCUCACAGGGGGAUUGUUAAAUAGAAAUGACAUAAGGUACAUCCCACAACAGUGUAUAUCUGUACAUAGGAGCUUUAAGUACUGUCUGGACCAAUCAAGAACAAGCAAACCAAAUGCACGUUGCACUUAAGCACUCAGGAAGUGAGCACAUUGAUCAGCCACACUCUUAAACCCACAAUCUAAUGCACAGGUGUCAAACUCAGGGCCAGAUCCGGCCCACAAAAGUAAAUUAUGUACAUUGACCUCAUGUUUCUUGUUAAAAUAUCAAAAUCGCAAAUUGUCUUUUCUCUUAUCAAUGUUGAGAUAUUGUAAGCAUUUUUUAGCCAAUCCCCCUUUUAAAAUAAAUUGAAUAAUAGUUAAUAACAAACAAUUUUCUCUAGCUUCUUAUUUCCGAACUAGUUAGCCGUUCAUUUGUUGUGUAAGAUGAGAUGAUCAUACAUUUUAGGGGAAAUCAGAACUAUGAUGUGGCCUGCAACAAAAAUGGGUUUGACACCCUUGAAGAUUCAAUACACGAGCCGUAUCAAAUAUAAAUAAAUAAAUAUACAUUUCUAAUAUUUUAGCCCUCUUAUGGUAAAUUCCCUGUCAAGUGAAAAUUUAUAUUUCUUGUAAAUUUGGCACACCACAGAGAGGUGUUGUUAACAACACUGCCAAAUCUGAAUGAUUAAAAAAAUUGCCAAGCAUAUAAAAUGAGGUGCGGCACGGUUACCAACUGGUUAGUAGAUCUGCCUCACAGUUCUGAGGACCCGGGUUUAAAUCCGGCCUCGCCUGUGUGCAGUUUGCCUGUUCUCCCCGUGCCUGCGUGGGUUUUCUCCGGGUACUCCAGAUUCCUCCCACAUCCCCAAAACAUGCGUGGUAGGUUUAUUGAAAACUAAAUUGGCCGUAGGUGUGACUGUGAGUGUGAAUGGUUGUGUGUGUGUGUCCUGCGAUUGACUAGCGACCAGUUCAGGGUGUACCUCACCUCUCGCCCGAAUAUAGCUGUGUUAGGCUCCAGCAUGCCUGCGACCCUUGUAAAGAUAAGCGGUACAGAAAAUGGAUGAAUGAAUAAAUAUAAAAUUAGGCUUCAAAAUUCUGUAAAAUCUAGCUGUUCACUCUGUUCUUAAACGCUGUGCCCCACACAAUUGUCAACAAUCAGUUACUACUUCUACGACCUGUAAAAAUGGAUGCGACUUUGUCUAGCAUCUUUCUUGUGUGCCUGCACAUGUUUGAGCCACAAAAAUGGCUGCAAUAUAACCCACCGGAUUGUCGAGUGGCUUUUCCACGCUGUGCAACGGAGCACUCUAAAGUGGACUCACCGGCGGACAAACCGAAGGGAAGAUGGAUUUUCGGAGUUUAGGCAUAGCUAGCUAGCUAACUGCGCAUCGCAAUUGCGCGUCACGUUUUAGCCACCGCCCAAAAAUCAGGAAAACUGAAAUGCUGAAAAACAGUUUAACACUAUAUCUCCACAACUGUGUACUACAUAAUUGCUGAAAAUGUGCAAAGACUGGGCGUUAUCUUCAAACAUGUAUACUGUAUUUACAAACAAAUCUCUCUGCAUUCACUUUACAGGGUUCAAGAUGUACAACAUUUUAUGAACUGCAUUUUUGAUUAUGGAUUAGAUCUUUACUGUACCUAAUGUUGUGGCUGAUCAGUGUAUGUUGUAGAGUACACUGUAUUUUUCAUCAAUCAAGGGACUCACAGAGAAAUAUUAAAUCAACAUUCAGUUUUAAUCAGCAACAUACACUAUGUAUUUGAAUUUUAUCAUUCUUUCUUUGAAUCUGUUGAUGUUUCUUGUUUGGUUUGCCGUCCAUCAUUGCUCCGUGCCAUCAAAUGGUGACGUUUCUUUCUUGGUUUAAAUUUUAGGUAUAUUUAAUUUACACGAUGUAUGGGUCAACAUAAUUAUUUCUUAACGAGCCUCUCCCAAGGUAAAGAUAUAUUCUUGUCACUAAUUUCAGUUGGUUUUUUGCACCACUCUCACAAUUUUUCUUUCUGCAACCCUGUACAGUUGAGUAAGAAUGCCUGGGAUGUUUGUGAUUCUUGUCUAUCAAAAGGACUGGAAAAUAAAACUUUAAAGCACGUAGCUUGCUGUACAUUUCAGGAAAUGAAGUCACAUGAGAAAGCCAAUAAAAUGAAAUUUGAUUGAAAUGUUCCAAAAAGGGUUUAAAAAAAGUCUUAAACAUGGCCUUCUUAAAUCUUCUGAUACCCUGAAGACGGACGGGUUGUAGUAAAUGAGCAUCUGGGUGACAGAACAUAAAUAUUUACAGCUGACCUAUGCUGCUGAAUUACUGUACAUACAGUAUAGUGUUCGUGUACUUUGUUUAUAACGUGCACUGAUUGCAGGUGUCUGAUUCUCAUGAUGAGAAAAAAAGCAUCUUUCCAUCAAUGUUUCAUGCACACAUUCAUGUCUUAUUGGCCCCUCAUUAGUUAUAUUUUGAUAUGUUUACUUUGUACCAGCCCACCCUCCCUCAUUGUAAAGGCACAAAAGUUGAAGGUAUGCGUCGGUGAAGAACCAAUUCCCCUCACUUAUUCAAAUGACACAAUGCACUUGUGAUUGCCCCCCCCCCCCCCCCCCCCCCCCACACACACACCCUCUGCUGCGUCUUUUCCUCGCUUUGAUGCUCACAUUUAUUUUAGUUUCCUUUACAGCAGAUGGGUACAUCUGACAGACUGACUAUUAAGUGUGAUUAUUUCUCUUUCCUCCCCCCAAUUGAUGCCACUUCACACACUACAUGUAAAGCUUGCUUUGAUUGAGGAGGUUACAAACAUCAGAUUUACAUGUGGCCAAGAAUACAAAUAGACACAUGAUGAAUAAAAAGGCGGAGAGUUGAAAGGAUUUAUUUAUUUAUUUAUUUUUGAAAAGUUAUGAUGGCUAAAACAAAGCUCUCUAUGUUGAGUCAUCUUUUUGUCAUUGAUGCCUAGUUAAAAAAAAAAGAAUGCAGAAGAAACAAAAGCAAACUCUUGUCAUUGUGUAAAUACAUACAUUUAUCAAACUUUUUACUGUUGUCUUAACCCAGGGGUGGGGAACCUUUUUUUCUAUCAGGACUAGCAUGAUGAAUAUGAAAAAUAGGGUGCAACCAAUGUAGAUUGUGUUCCAAACAAUCUUUUGAAAUAUGUAUAUAGUUAGCGUAAUAGCAUAGUUGUCCAAGUCAUUUUUAUCUUAGUGUCACAAUAUCAAUAACAAAUACCAACAUGCUUGUUAAAAGAAAAGUCUGCAAAAGUUAAAUCAAAUGGAUUCUUCUCGUUUGUUGGAUGUUUUUUUUUUUCCCUCCCUCUCUCUUCCCCCCUGUAAAUAGUCAAAAAUGACCUGGACAAUUAUGCUAUUAGGCUAGCGUUAUCUGACUAACUACAUGUCUUUAACGAAAUUAAAUAGGUUUAAUGUUGAAAAAUAAAACAUUUAUCAAGAUUCCAACACCAUAUUCAAACAGCUACAUAUUUUAUAACCAAGUUCACAAAACUUAACAAAUUUCACCUUCCUCUUGAAAUUUUUAGUGGCAUGUCCAAAUCUGCAGCCAAAAUCGCAAUCAUGAUUAAAAUUCGAUUAAUUGUGCAGCCAUACAUUCAACUAACAUUGAACUUAAACUUAAGUUUAGCGUUAAACUUAGUUUUUACAUAUUGCUUUAUAAUUUAAGUUCAUUUUAGCAAGAAUUGACUGUUAUGAGUUUGCAAAAUUAUGUUAAUUAUUUAUUAUUUUAAUUAUGUGUGUGUAUCCGAGCGUGCGUGAGUGUGUGUGAUUUUAUUUAUUGAGGGGAAAAGAAAUAUUCAAAGCUACCUGGCUCUGUGUGACAAAAUAUUUGCCCCCUUGAUAAAUCAUGAAUUAACUGUGGCUAAUCACAUUUUUUGGAAAACUGAGUUAAUUUUUACUGCCCACACCCAGGCCUGAUUACCUACAGACCUGUUGAAUCAAGAAAUCAUUUCAAUAGAAUCUGUCUGACUGAAUGAAGUCAGCCAAAAGAUCUCAAAAACUUGCAACAAAAUGCCACGAUCCAAAGAAAUUCAAGAAAAAAUGAGAAAUAAAGAAAUUGACCUCUGUCAGUCGAGAAAGGGUUACAAAGCCAUUUUAAAGCUUUCGGACUCCAGUGAACCACCAUGAGAGCUAUUAUCCACAAAAUUGAGAAAAUGUGGAAGUGUUGAACCUCCACAUCGAGAGGAGCCAGAUGAGGUGGCUGGGGCAUCUGAUUCGGAUGCCUCCCGGACGCCUCCCUGGUGAGGUGUUCCGGGCACGUCCCAUCGGGAGGAGACCCCGGGGAUGACCCGGGACACGCUGGAGAGACUACGUCCUUCGGCUGGCCUGGGAACGCCUCGGGAUCCCCCCGGAAGAGCUGGAUGAAGUGGCUGGGGAGAGGGAAGUCUGGGUGUCCCUGCUAAAGUUACUGCCCCCGCUGCCCCACCUCGGAUAAGCGGUAGAAAAUGGAUGGAUGGAUGGAUGGAUGGAAGUGUUGAACCUUCCCAGGAGCGGCCGAUCAACAAAAAUUAGCCUAAGAACACAGCGCUGACUCAUCCAGGAGGUCACAAAUUUAGGAGCCCAGGAUAACAUCUAAAGAACUGCAGGCCUCUCUUGCUGCAGUUAAGGUCAGUGCUCAUGACUCAACAUUAAAGAAGAGAAACAUGGCAUCCAUGGCAGCGUUCCAAGGCGAAACCCACUACUCUCCAAAAAGAGCAAAGGCUGAGACUUUUGGGAGAAUGUUCUAUGGACUGACGAAACAAAAUAACUUUUUGGAAGGUGUGUAUCUCGUUACAUCUGGCAUAAAUGUAACUCUGC